AACAAACCAAUGAACAGCACCAGGAAAUCUUUUGUUCCAAUUAUGAGAAAUGCUUUGAAGCCAAGAAAAGCAGUUGCAUCGCCGAUCGUAAGAAGAGCAAUAUACCGCAAAGGCCUGUUAGCCCGCUUACCGCAAUGGAUGCUGAGAAUGUCAAUAAUCCGGAAGAUGACGACGACGACGAUGUCUCUUCUGCAUCAGGCUCAGGCUCGGGGUCUGGGGAGGAAGUGACGUCACAGCAGAUCGACACCAAGUCAAAGAUCCCAGAAGUUGCCAAGAAGCCACAAGCUGCCACGGAAUCUAAAAACAAGAAGAAAUCAGAGAUUCCGCAGAAACCUGCAGCAGCCCCAGCAGUAAGCUCUGCAUACCCGCGAAUCGACCUCAGGAGGAUUGCUUCGGCCCUUGCCAAUUACGAGGAGGCUGCGUUGAAUCUCGCAGGAGAAUACCCGCAUAUAACUGCUGCCGAUAGUGACUUAGUCACAAGGUCGCAGAUACCUCAUCCGGCCAGCCUCGCAUUUCCUUACAACAAGCUGAGACAAAAUAUUCAGAUUGCCAAGUUAGUGACUCAAGACGACCACAAACGAUUCGAAAUACCAAAGUAUUUGCUUGUUGGUGACCAAAUAACAGAGAAAGAUGGCAUUGCCAAGGAUUCUGCACUUCCAGCUGCUGAUUCCAUCGAGUCUGUAACGCAGAGAUUCCAAGUUCCCGGCAUACAGCCAUCAUUGCAAGACUUGUAUGCAGAAACCGGAAGGGCUCCAUUCGAAAGCGAGGCUGCAAAAAGAAUGAGGAUUUUCCGAAAGAAAAAGAAGAAGGUCCAGAGACCGGUGGAUCCCUUUGAAUACUUGAGGAACAUGCCUGCGGGAGCUUCAAUGGAGCCUAUUAUCGAUCCCCAUUCGAAGUCGUCGACACGGCAAUCGGUAUCAUACCCUGUGUACUUGAUGAAAGUUAUGCCCGGAUCGCAUAAAUAUGUACCGGCUACAACAAGAAGCAAGGUGGAUUCCGUCCCAAAAAGGGGUGAACAAAAAUCGAAAGCUCCUCCGGCGCCUGUUGCUGCUGCACAAGCUCCUGCUCCUAAACAGGAACCCUUAGCACCUGUAAAUAACUUACCAGAGUUUGAGGCUGGGCCUGGACCCGAGAUGGAUUCUGUGGCUGUCAAUGGGCCAGUCCCUGACUUCAACACUGUACCUGAGAGCGAGGUCCAACUUGGUCCUGCAAAGGAGCAGCCCGCCUUUCAAGUGGCAAACGAGGCUGCGCAACAAUUCCCGUCAAGAAAUCAACAAAGAGUUGAGAUGGUGCAGAAUAUGAAAGAAGAGCAACCCUCUCUCCGUACAAAAAUGUUGAGUGCUUUCUUUCACAAGAAAGGAGAAGAACAGGGCUCAGGCUCUGGCGAAGGGGAGGCUGCUCAUACAAGAAAUGAAAUUAAAGGUGAAGGGUCAGGGUCAGAUGCAGGUGAAUCUUCAAAUGCCAAUGUGAUGUCACUACAGAAGUUGCUUGGCUCUGAAGAUGGCGGGAAUGAGUUUGGCAGGAUGAGAGACAACGCCCAGCACUUCUUUGACGCAUUGCCUGCCAACCAGAAAGUUGCAAAUUACCUUCAAAAGACAAGUCCGUCCAGUUAUCUAGAAUCGAAUCUAGCAGCUCUUACACCAGAAAGCUCUGUUGCUGCCCCUAAUGCAUUUAGUACUCAGUCAGGAUUGACAGCUGGAGCUUCAGGAUCUCGUUUGACCAUGAGCCAAACCCAAGAAACAAAAUGGAUGCGACCGGGUGUCGGUUCUGAGCUUGCUUCCAUAAUGCCAGAAACGAAUGCUCCAGCGGAGGCGAGGACCAUUUCAACUCAAGCGCCAACCCGAUUGAUGUUUGCCCCAGUUACGCAGAAUGCAUUUCCUUAUGAGCCAUCCCCUCCUUCAAAUGCAAGAGUGAUAAAUCAGCAGAUAGAAAGGGUGGAAGAAGCCACUGCGAGGGCUCAUUUACCAACAGCAUCAACAACAUCAAAGGCUCGUAUGUAUACUACGGAAGCACAAAAAGCGACAACAACAGCAAAAUCUGAUAUGACAGAGGGUAGAAUGAAAAUCGAAGGGUCUCUGUUUGAUGGUUUUAAGCAACCCCAAAAGAUAGCAAAAAUGAAUAUAGAACAUGAACCAACGAAAUAUUUCCAAGAAGAUGAUGUAAAUCUUCAGCAAAGAAAAAAACUACAACCGGAAAGUUCAUUAGGAUCACAGUCUGGGUUCCAGUAUUUCAAGACAGGAGCUCCCAAGAAACCAGAGAUAGAAUCAGCUUUGUUUAUGUCUGGAUCUCCUGUCGUGAAAGGGGAUGUUAGCCGUCUUAUCGAUUCCAUAAAUCCCGAAGUCGCUGUCUCUGCUCCUGCCACUUCUCGUAGCGGCGUCAGCCAAGGCAGCAGUGGCUACACAUGGCAACAAUACAUGCCUUUUGGCACGGGCAUCUGGGAAAAGCAAAGUAACAUUCCCACUAGAACAUCAACAACAACAGCAACAACAUAUAGCAUGGUACCAACAACUGUUCGUAAUAGUUUUAUAGGCAACAGACAAAAUGUACCCUUACCUGACCAUGAAAGGUUUUUCAACGGUAAUGUGGAGAGUUCGUUUAAUGCUAGGGAAGAAAUCCGGCAGCAGCCUGGGAGAGUUUAUGCCGCCGCAAAGCAGUCAGAUGUAACUGCUUUCAGUUCCGGAUCUAGCGUGAGGAAAUCCAAAGAGACCAGACCAGGUACUCAACCCAACCCAGUAACAGCUGGAACUAACAAAGCUGACGAACCGAGUCCAACCAGGAUACCGGCCAUGCCUAAUACCGAUCUCGGAAUCCCGCAAAUAAUUAACAGUCAGCGCGAAGAAAGACUCACUCAGAUUUCAAAAAGUCCCGUUGCUCUAAAUGCUGGGCAAACUGUACGCAAGAGCCAAUCUCCAAUCCCACAAUUCCAAAGUGCAAUUCAAACCCAAUCACUGGCGCAACCCAAACAAACAAAACGAGAAGGGGCGCAUAAAAAGAAUUUGAUCAAACACAAACCAGACUUGGAUUGUGGUGAAGGCUGGGAAGGAGCUUCUGGAGAUUUCGGGACAUUUUGCUACAAAUUCAUGAAUGUGAGGACCGUCUUUGAAGAUGCGGAGGCGGAAUGCAAGCGGCUUAACAGUAAUUUGUUCAGCAUUUUGAACCCAUACGAGAACAGAUAUCUCCAUGACAACUUUCACGAGAAAUUUUGGAUUGGGUAUAGGGACAAAGGAAUGGAUGGAACAUGGAACUGGACAGAUAGCAGUCGGGGUAUUUACACUAACUGGGCCAGCGAGGCGGAUGAUGAUAACGGACAACGGAGGGAUUGUGUGAUACUGCAAUCGGAGCAUGGAAAGUGGAAAGACAAGCCUUGCUCGUCAAAUCUACCAUUCUUGUGCAAGCACAAAUCAGAAAAAUGUCCAAAAGACUGGAAGAAGCUGAACCUGAAUUCAGUAUCAAGUUGUUAUCAUCUGUUCCAAGAAAAGAAGACCUGGGCGGAAGCGGAACAAGAGUGCCAGAACCAGGACGGUCACCUUGUCAGUAUUCUCAGUGAAGACGAGCAAACCAUGAUUUAUCAGGUUUAUUCAUCGAAAAACUAUUGGAUUGGUUACAAUGACCAAGAAAGCGAGGGUGACUGGCAAUGGAGUGACCGUGUGACGUCAUCAUUCACAAACUGGGAUGAUGAUGCACCGAACAAUGGAGGUGUCACCUGCGCUGCAUUUGCCGAAGGAGGUCAUUGGCAUGACGAACCAUGCUCGGAGAAGCUUCCUUUUAUCUGUAAACGAAAGGGACCAAAAGGGGAGAAAGUUUUGGGUGUGAACGAUGAGGGAAUACUGAAGCCAUUGUCAAGACUUUUGGACAAGGAGGAUGCUACAAGAAGCGAACUCAUUACUAAAGGAGGCCCAAAACCAGUUGUGCCUAGCCAAUACUGGCCAUUUUUGAAGAACACAAAGUCAGGGUUAUCAGGAAACAGGCGAAUCAUAGUCCAUGGCAACGUGACAAAUGUACCAGGUGGUGUGUCACUUAACGGUGUGAACCAAUAUAUGGAUGGUGGUGAUUUCCAUGGCAAGUGUAUCAGUGACCCAGAUAAGUGUUCCAAAGGACUUUCAGUUGCAAUACAGGUUUAUUUCGAUGAUUCGGUUAGAAAGUACGUUGAGCCUCACUGUGUGCUGGAUACAUCUGGUGGGUCUAAGGGUUUCACGAUCUACAUUCAAAAGAACAAGAUGCACUACAAGGUCAUCACCCGAGAAAAGGUCUGGGAGCUAGCAACUGACAUAACUACCAAUCAGUGGCAAGAGAUUGUGAUGACAUGGCAUAAUUACAAAGGGAUCACCUUGUUUGUUAAUGGUGCAUUCAAAGAUUCAGCUGAAAAUGGAAAGAAAACUGGCAUACUUAGGGAAGAUGCCACACCAAGACUUCUCAUUAGCAGAAGAGCCACAGACCUAAAACCAUUUGCUUAUACAAAAAUGCUGAUUGCCUCCUUGGCAGUUUUCUCAAAGCAGCUCUCAAUUGAAGAUGUUACAUAUGCGUUUACCUUUGAUGACACAGUGGUAGCAAACUAUAGAUGGUUGAUGCCUCAUAUGGCUGGAGCAACGAUUCCAAGUGCAUCGGACAUAUUCGUGCAAAAAGACGUUGGUGAUAUGGAUGGAGGUCUUGCGGUUGAUGGAAGCAAAGGCUGGUUGGAAAUAAGACAGUUCGAUGCAUGUUUGAAAGACCCAGGCCAGUGCCAUCAUGGAUUCUCAAUCAGCUUUAAACUGAAGCUUGAUCAGGAUGUUCGGGAGUACAAAGAAGCUCGAUACAUAAUCGAUUCUGGUGGACACAAGGAAGGAAUCAAAGGCGUGUCUGUUUACAUCUUGAACGAUAACUUGUACUUCCAAGUUAUCAUGAGUCCGGAAGAGGACAUUAUGAUAUGGACAGUCCGAACACCAAUUUACACCGUCCGAUGGCAGAGGAUUGUCAUGACCUGGAGGCUGGACAAGGGCUUAUGGGUAUACAUCGAUGGUGCAUUCAGAGGCCUGACGAAAACCCCCAAAACACUUCCGGUUGUUUUCAAGAAGGAGCCAGAGUUACUUGUCAUUGGCAGGAAAAAUGUUGGUCCGGACUUCCGAGGCGCUAAAUUCGGCAUCGGGUCGUUUGCCAUAUUUAGCAGGUUCUUGACCAGAAAGGAAACAGAACAUGUUUUUGCUGUUAAAAACAACCCAUUCCCUGGCCUAAUCAGGGAAGUGUGGCAUGAUGUCCCAGGCUCCACCAUGGCACAGCUAAAAUCUAAUCCUGAUUACCCAAAUAACCCAUCAAGUAUUGAAGUGAUCGAAAACUUUGAUGCUCCCUUUGACAUGGAAAAGGAUUAUGGCUCAAAAUUCAAAGGCUACUUCGUCGCUCCAGAGACAGGAAACUACACUUUCUACAUGUCGUGUAGCAAGGCUUGCGAGUUGUAUACAAGUCGGGACGAAGACAUUAAAAACAAAACAAAGAUAAUUGAGCUAGACAAAGCAACGUGGCAUAAUCAGUGGAACAAAUACAAGAACCAAACAUCAGAUCAGAUUUUCAUGAUCGCUGGAAAGUAUUACUACUUAGAGGCUGUGCAAAAAGGAGAAGAAAGCAGCGAUUCAUUGUCUGUGGGAGUUCGACUGCCAAGUGGGAGAUACCAAAGGCCGAUCAACAAAGAAAACUUGCAGUGGAGACUCAAAGGUAACCCUUAUGCUGGAGUCAUCAGAGAAGUUUGGUUCGAUGUUCCUGGAUACCAAAUAUCCGACUUAACUUCAGAUCCCAACUUUCCAAAUAAUCCCUCAAGCACAGAAGUUCUCGACAAAUUUGAUGCUCCUUUCAACAUCGAUGAUAAUUAUGGUUCUAGAAUUUCUGGUUAUCUCAGAGCACCAGAGACAGGAGACUACAGGUUUUACCUGGCAAGUGACAGCACAGGGGAACUAUGGCUAAGUUCAGAUGACAGUGAGAACAAUCUUGUUAAAAUCAUCACCUUGAAUAGUUGGACUGACCACAACCAAUGGCUUAAGUUUCCUGAGCAGCGAUCGGAUAAAGUGUUCCUAGUAGCUGGCAAGUAUUACUAUAUUCGGGCUUACCAAAAAGCAGACAAGCUGGGAGACUGUGCAUCUGUUGCUGUGGAGCUUCCCAGUGGCCACUUCGAAGGACCAAUCAAACGCAAGCAUCUCAGCUGGAAAUUGCCAGGUGGAAAAAUUGGUCCCGGACCAAAUGACCUUAGUGAAGCUCCACCUAAGCCAAUGGGAUUGUAUCCACUCAACGACGCGUCGCUUCGUGACAUCAUUUCCGGUGACAAUGGGCUGGUCAUCCAUAACAUUGCGUUGACAACUGGACCAGAUGGCGUUAAAGAUACGGCUUUUGAGUUCAAAGGAAAGCAAGAUUCCUAUCUGGAAAUCGGAAACGAUCACCACAAACUGGAUGCAAAGAAUUCCAUAACAAUUUUAGCGAACAUUUACCCGACUGGAGAGGAUGGUCCAAUUUUGAAUUACAAGAAAGAUGGAUGGGGAGUUCACAUGUGGCAGUUUGAUAAGACAAUGCUCUUUGUUCGAUUUGUGUCACGUGACAAUGGAAUGACAACACAGCCAUUAGCUACUCGGGUUUUGCAGUUAAGUUCAUGGAACCAAGUGGGCGCAUCUUAUGACAACAACACUGGGGUAUCGCAACUGUGGCAUGAUGGGAAGAUGGUGAAAAGUCGAAACAUCGGUCAAAUUGAAUUGUCAACUCAAUACCCAAUCAGAGUUGGUGCCAGAGAAGGCGACGAUCGAUACUUCAAAGGCAAAGUUGCAUGCAUACAAAUCUAUGGCAAAGCAUUGUCUGAGCAACAAAUUGGGGAGCUGAGAAGAUGCCCCAAGCUAGAUGGACAACAAGCAGACAGUCUAUUGGCGAUGACCCAAGCAGGUUCUGGAUCAGAGAGCAAUUCUGAAGACUCGUUUGCCAUGGAAAACCGACUCGGCGAAGAUACAGAAGAGGAGCUUGCAGGUGUAGCGGAAAGAUCGGAAGCAAACCGCUGCGACCCAAAUCCCUGCGUCAACGGUGCCAAAUGUGUCAACGACGAGCGGAAAGUUGAUGGGUUCAAAUGCUUAUGCACUUCAGACUUCACUGGUAAAAAUUGCCAAGUAUCAAAACCUGCAGCUGAGAAUCCAGUCGUCAAGAGGAUGACAAUUCCAAAGGCAUACCCUAAAGCAAUCAGCUCGGAAAGUUACAGCAAGCCUCAAGGCAAGGGCCAAGUAAAAGCCCCGGAAGACGAACGGGAAGAUGUGUUCUUGCUUUACCAAAAACUCGGUUGCUAUAGAGACAACACAAAGCGACACGAUCUUCCAAACCCGGUGCAGAUUAAAGCCAUUACGCAGGAGGAAUGUGCGCGUGCGUGUGCAUUGCAGGACAAAGGAUUUGCCUAUUUUGGUCUUCAGAACGGAAAAGAUUGCUUCUGCGGAAAGAACUACGGAAAGUAUGGAAAACUUGAUAAUAAACUUUGUACAAAAGCCUGUGAUGGUAAUGCGAUGGAAAGCUGUGGAGGAGACAGCGCAAACCAAAUAUUCUUUUUUGGACUUGGGACGAAUUACACCGUUAAAACUUUUACUGGAAAUCAAUUUGGCUCUGGUACUGACGCAAAGAUUUUCCUCGAAAUAAUUGGCGAAAGGGGAAGUUCUGAUUUCCGGCAGCUAGAAUCCGGUCUCUCAAAAUUUGAACCUGGAAGUGUCGAUACCCAGACGUUUGUGCUACCUGACCUUGGCAAGUUAAAGAAAAUGAGGAUCUUGCAUGACAACAGCGGGGCCGCCCCAAGCUGGUUCCUCAAGAAGGUGACAGUUUUAGAUGAAGAGGGUAACGCGACAGAGUUCCCUUGCAAUGAUUGGCUGAGUGAUACACAGGGAGGAGGAAAGCUAGAACGUCAACUUCUUGCUGAACCAUCGACUACGACAAAGAAAGUCAAAUCUUGAGCUUUCAAUGUCAGCAACAUGCUGUUUUUUAAAAGGAUAACAGUACUCAUGGAGCGAAAAUUCCACGUAUAAUUGGUUCGAUCUUAAUUGGCCAUUGUACAAAUGUGUACAAGUUCUGACAUCCAUAUGCAUCAGAGCGUAGCCCUGCAUAUUUUCUCGUAGAGAACCCGAGAUAAUUACCCAAAGUUCACCUCGCUGGAAUAUAAUCAUAGACAUAUUAUAAUCCGUGACGGAUCUCUACAAAGCUUGAAAGAGCGUCUAGCUAGGGGUCUCUGCCCACUUAUCAUAAAAGCGAAUAAGCUUAUUUCAUUAACAUAUUGCGUAGAUUUUUAGACAAAUCCAGCAAAAUUAGUUGGAAGCUGGCCCUAUGACUAGAAUCUAAUUUGCAGGUAAAAGAUAAAAGGGAAUGCUGUGCUUGCUUUCUUGCUUAAAACUUUUAUAAUUAGAUUAGUUUAUGCUAGCUGAGAUCUUGAAACCAACCUUAAAUUGUGUUGGAAGAUAAGCUGGUGACAUAUAUCUUAUGUAUAUAGUAUGUUUAUAGCUUGCUUUGAAUUAAGAACCCAUGUAUCAUAGCUCGUCUUAAUUUAUGACGUUAGAACGAUUUGCAUAUCCUCUGUUUUGAGGCCGAUGUCUCCUUCCAGAAAUUUUUUGACGCAUUAUAUGUUUGUCCUUUACUGUAUGUUUGUUAUAAGGCAAAAAACUCCAGAGUUGUUGUUUUUAUAUUAUCAUAUUUCAAUUGCAAGAUUUUGGAUUUUCUGAAGUAGAGAGUCGUUCAAAGCAAAUUACUAUUUCCACAUUUGGAUACUAUUGCGAUGAUUCAGGUCUGCAAAGUACGGUUUUGCUUCAAGAUUUCCAGAUUUCUAGAUUAUACUAAGAGAUUUCCAGAUGUUUGCAUACUUGCUGCCAAUUUGGCAAAUAUAUCAGAACCCAUCAUAAAGAUACUUCAUACAAUUUACAAUCUUUCCCCAUUGUCAUUGUAUCUUGAAACUCAUUCAACACAAUUUCGUCUCUUCUGUUUUAGAAUCUCUAAUCUAAAUAAUUAUUUGCAAUUUUCGUUGUGUUUUCAAAUGUCUUGGACCUUUCUUCGGAAAUUUUCUAAUGACCAAACAAAUUUUGGAUAAUUCCCCGUCUAUCUUGAGUCCUCUGUUCCAAUUGUCACUAAAUUAGUGUCUUUUCUCUUAUCACAUUGUGAUGGUUUAGGUCUCUAUGUUACCUCUACAUAUAAACGUUAAAUUAUUGUGACCAAUUAUAACACGAAUGAAGUUAUCAAGAUAAAGCUUUCUUUGUAGGAGGCUAUUUGUUUGAUUAAAAUGUUUUUUUCAUGACAACUUGAUAAUGUUGAAGUUGAUCCUGAAGUCUGAAUUUCAUGGCGUUUUUCAUUUCUAAUAUUUUUGGAGCACUAAAAUUAUUUACUGAUAUUCCACUGUUUGUGGGGUGUGAUGUUUUUACUAGAAUGGGAUUUACUCGCCGUUUUUUCGUAUCGUGGACAUGAUGGUAUUUAUUGAUUCUCAAUUCAUGGAAGAGCAUUCCCAAUUCAGGAAAUCAAAAAUCACGAGACAGCAUUUCCUUGAUAGCUUCAUUUCUUAUCAGGUGUAUUUAAUUAUAAUUCGUCUUCUUUUCGUAACUUACCGUUAUAAAACCUUAAUUUGUAGUGUAUCGUUUAUUUGUUGUAAUUUUGAAUUAGAGACGGUAUUUAUCUGUCCUGUUUAUUUUGCAUACACAGAGAUACUAUAUGUUGAAAAUGUGUAUCAAAUAAUUUGAGGAUUUUUA